AUGGAAAAUAGGAAGAGAACUAAGCUGGAAGACACAGAAUAUAAAGGGGUCUCUUUGGGGUGCUUGUCCCUGAAACAAAGUGAGGAGAUAGAUGGGAAAAUUGAGAAAAUAAGAUCACAAAUGGAAGAAAACAUGAUACAAUGGCAAAAUGAGAUGGUUGCAGAAAGAAGGAAAUGGCAAAAAGAGAGUGAAAUCAUGUUCAGUAAAAUAAAAAAUUUGGAGGAAGACAAAGUCAGAAACAAUGCACUAUGGGCAAAAAGUGAGAAAAGAAUCAAGGAGUUGGAAACUAUGCAGGUGGAAUUGCAGGAGUUAAGUAGGAAACAUCAAGAAGAAAUCCAGAGGCUAGCACAAGAGGCUGCCAACAGAGAGGAAUAUGAAAUGGAGUUAGCCAAUAUAGACCUUGAAGACUAUGAGAAAGAAAACCAGCAGAAAAAGGAGGGGACUGAUUCUGGGAAAUAUAAUGAGCCUACUGAUUACAAUGCUAGCCAAGAGUCAAUUGGGACCUUGGGGGAGAAAAUGGCUGAGUUACAUGGGAGUGAGGUCUUGGACAAGGAUGGGGAAGAAAGAGAAGUGGAGAUCAAGAGAAGUCUCAGGAACAAGGGAAAGGAAGACCAGAAAAUUGAAGAAAUGGCAAAAAUCAGAGCUGAGGAAAGAGAUAACUAUGGUAAGAAUUCUGAUUUGGUACCUACUGAUGCUUCUUUAUUGCAUAUUAGUUCUUUGGUGGGAAUUGAUUUGGGUUGCUCAAUAGAGAUGAUUGACAAAAACCUUGAGAUUAUAAAUAAGAUGGAGAUAGCAAGAAGAGAGCUAUACCUUCAAAAUAUAAAAAAAAGAGAAGAGUGA